AUGAAUUUUGCAUUACCCUCUUCCAAAUUGCCACUUGUAUAUAGACAUCCAUAUUAAGGGUUUGUUAAUAGUUUACCCUAUAUUGAUGGUGAAAUAGAUUCCAAAACAAAAAUUUUAGUACUCAAACUUUUCAUAAAUAGGUUGAUCGUCUAAUUCAAUAAGAAAUGUAAAAUAUGGAUUCUUAGGACUAUUUACAUGAAUUACCUAUUCCUUAAACAAAAAUAACAGAUUUAUUGAAAUCAGAAAUGGAAAGAGUUGAGUUACAGUAACCAAUGUCUAAAAUUGAUUUUGAAUAGAAGCCUAAUUUCAAUUAAGAGUUUUAAUCAGCUCAUGAAGUUUAAGAGGCCAAUUAAUAAUUGAAUGUCCUUAAUUAAUAUGCUUAAAUUAAGUAACUCUUAUUAUUAGACUCUAGUAUCAUUAAUUCAGAAUUACUUAAUAAAUAUGGCAAAGAAUCUUGGACAUUGUUGCUCAAAUCAUAAGAAAAUGAAAAGAAUAGAUUACAUAAAGAAGUUACCAAUCAAUAGCAAGAAUUAAAUCAUAUUAAUGCUUAACGAAAAUAUGAAUAAGUAAUAUUUACCUCAUAUUAAGAAUGAAGUUAAAUAUAAAUUAGAUAGCUUAAAAUCUAAAGUUUAGGAAGUUUUGACUAAUAAUGCUUAAUUAUAGAUUGUGUGUGGAGAAUUAGAAUAGGAAAUCUAUGAAAAGUAAAGAAAAAAAUUAAAAUUGAAUUGA